UGUAAGAUGGAAGAUGAGGACGUCACAGCAGAUUGUGCGGGAGAAGAGACAAUGAGCUCAGCUAUGGAUGGUGGACGUCACAGUGUGGAGAGACCAUGGCAUCCCUCUGACUCUGAGCAACCUCGUACUGUGGGGGAUGGGGCUGGAAUUCAGGGGGAGAAGACAUUUUCUUGUCCUGAGUGCGGGAAGUGUUUUCUUAAUAAAUCAACUCUGGUCAGACAUCAGAGGUGUCACACAGACAAGCGAAGACCAUAUCCCUGCCUCGAGUGCGGGAAAAAAUUUACAGAAAAGGCCAAGCUUUUUAGACAUCAGAGAUUGCACACAAGUGAGAAGGCUUAUUUCUGCUCAGAGUGUGGAAAAUGUUAUACACAGAAAUCAGAACUUGUAAGACAUCAAAGAUCUCACACAGGGGAAAAACCAUACACUUGUCCUGAGUGUGGGAAAAGAUUUUCACAGAAGGCCCACCUUUCGCGACAUCAGAAAUUGCACUCUGGUGCCAAGCCGUAUUCCUGCCCUGAGUGUGGGCAAUGUUUUCUUCAUAAAUCUAAACUGAACAUACAUUACAGAUCUCACACAGGAGAAAAUCCAUAUUCUUGCCCUGAGUGUGGGAAAUGUUUUUCACAGAAGUCCCAUCUUUUACGGCAUCAGAGCUUACACACGGGUGAGAAGCCAUAUUCCUGCCCUGAGUGUGGAAAAUGUUUUCUUCGUAAAUCAGAGCUAGACAUACAUUACAGAUCUCACACAGGGGAAAGGCCAUAUCCCUGUCUCGAGUGUGGAAAAUGUUUUUCGGAUAAGUCCAGUCUUUGCAGACAUCAGAGACUGCACAGAGGCGAGAAGCCAUUCUCCUGCUCUGAGUGUGGAAAAUGUUAUGCACAGAACUCAGAACUUGUUAGACAUCAAAGAUCUCACACAGGGGAGAAACCAUAUUCCUGCCCUGAGUGCGGGAAAAGUUUUUCAGAUAAGACUGGUCUUUUUAGACAUCAGAGAUUGCACACAGGUGAGAUGAUGUAUUGCUGCUCUGAGUGUGGGAAAUAUUUUUCACGGAAGACCCAUCUUUCCAGGCAUCAGCGACUACACACGGCAGAGAAGCUAUAUACUUGCCUUGAGUGUGGGAAAAGUUGUACAGAAAAAUCAGAACUUGUUACACAUCAGAGAUCUCACACAGGGGAGAAGCCAUAUUCCUGCCCUGAGUGUGGUAAAUGUUUUUCACAGAAGUGUAAUCUUAACACACAUCAGAGGCUGCACACGGGUGAGAAGCCAUAUUUAUGUCCAGAGUGUGGAAAAUCUUUCUCGUGCAAGUCCAAUCUUUCUGAACACCAGAUAAGCCACACACGGGAAAAGACGUUUUCGUGCCAUGAGUGCGGAAAAUGUUAUGCACGUAACUCAGAACUUGUUACACAUCAAAGUUUCCACAAGGGCGAGAAGCCUAAUUCCUGUCAUGAGGUCCUUGUGCAGGCACUGAAGCAUGAAGAGUGCAUCCACCACCUUCUAGAGGCAGAGGAACUUAAGACCUCUGUCCUCCUCUGGAUGUCUUCUCCUAAGAAAGGUUUCCCGCUCACCAGAUCUGGGACUAUACGCUCUACUCUCAUCAUCUGCCAUCUUGGGAUCCAUCAUCCAAAGUCUUCAGAGGGAAACGUCGAUAUUUCAGAACUGUCCUCACAUAUCAAUCACUCUUCAGUCUUCUUCUCUAUAGACCCGAAUGUGUCCAACACGUUUCUUCCUCACCCUAGCGUCUCCUUUACAAACCAAGACCCGGAAGACUUCCCACACCACCACUUCUUCACCACACUCCUGCAGGGAGUAGUCUUCCUUCCUAGGUCUCCUUUACAAUUUGUAGUAAGCCUUGGGAGGUCCACCUAUACCAAGACCCGAAAGACUUCCCACACCACCACUUCUUCACCACACUCCUACAGGGAGUAG